AUGAAGCCUUUCGUCAUUCUCACCCUGCUGUUGGCUCUGGCCAGCUGUGAGCCACCAAUUUCCAAACGGCCACUUAUCUUCAGCAAUUGGCCACCAAAGAGUGCCAAGCAAUUGUCCCAGCCCGGGAAGCAGCGCACACUAGUUGUUCAAAUUCGCAGCGAUCAGCCCGUGCCGCUGAUCCUUAAGGGUCGGCCAGGUUCACAAACACAUGCGCACCAGCACCAGCAUCAACAUCAGCUUCAGCAGCAUCAUCAGCUUCAGCAUUCACAUCAGCUCCAGCAUCAACUAAAUCAUGGUCUUCACACUCAAGUGUUGUCGCAUCCUCACUCUCACGCUCAUCUGCACGCUCACACGCACAUGCUUCACGCGCCGCCUCUACAGCAUCAUCAUUUGCGUGGACCACGCCCACUGAAACUCAGCGCCCCCGUGUAUCUGAAACCGUCCAGUAAUGUGCCGAUGCAACAGCCCAGCUCUGUGCGUAAGCCUCUGAAGAUUAAGCUCAGCAGUUCGAAACCCAAGUCGAAGCCAACCUUUGGCUACGAGAAGCCCUUCAAGUAUGAGAAACCUUCGGCAGUGGCCUACAGCGAACUUCAAAAUCUACCGUUGGAAACGAACCCCAACUUCAUAUCCGAGCACUUUGCACCCAUUUACACGGUUCCUGCACCGAAUCUGGCACUGCACGACAAUCAGCUGCACGAAAACAGCGGCACCGCCUACCUGCCCCCAACCCAACAACAAGAACACUCUUCCCCAACGAGCACACUCCGACCACAAACCUAUUUGCCACCCACACCACAAUCCUCAACUUUGGGCAGCCAGUACAGCGUACACGAGGACGAGACCAAUGACCAAACCAUACGCGAUCCCAUUUCGGGCUCGCAGAAAUUCUUUGCCCCAGAUCCCGAUCCCUCGCUGCCCACAUCGAAGAUCCGCCCGGCCACUGAGUCCUUCAACACGCCAAGCAACAAUAAGCCAUUGCCCGCAGAUGUGCAGAGCAACCACCUGCCGGCGCCAGCCCAGCCCCUGGUCCAAAUAGUGGGAGCCCAGGCAGCUGCCCAGACGGCUCCAGAAAUCUAUCCCAUUCAGUUCGCUCAGCAAGCGCAUCUACAGCCUUUCAUUGCGGCUGUGCCCGCAGCACCGAUACCCAUCUACAAUCCCACGUAUCUCGUCACCCAAUCCAAUCAGCUGUACACGCAGCACAAGCAACACCUGUUCAAGCCCAGCACGGAGCACAUCAUUGAGACGGGGUAUGUGAACGCGGAUUUGACACAAGAGGUGGCCAGCAACGGACAGAUCUUGCAGGCUGCCAAAGAUCCCCAUCACAACAUUCAUCCCGUGCUGGACACUGCACCUCAGUUUGCCGCGCUCAUUGCGGCUCCCGCGCUAGGCGAAGAGGCAGUAUAUGAGACGGCGCCGUUCCACCUUCCUAAUGUGGCGUCAGCCGUGAGCGCGACGCCACCGGAAAGCGGCUUCGUUGUUUCCAACUACUAUGCCAACCCACACGAGUCUUCGCAACUGUUCCAGGCCUAUGCCGAGGAGGAGGCUCGUCACCAGCAACUUGAAACACAGCAUGCCGCUUUAGAGUUGCAGAAGCAGCAACAACUGCACUUGGAAGAACUGAAAGCUCAAGUGCAGAUUCAGGAGCAACAACACCAGCAGCAGCAGCAGCAGCUCCGCCUGGAGGAGCUGGAGGCGCUCAAAGCGCAGGCCCAAGAGCAACACUUCUUGCGCCAGCAACAGCAUCAACAGCAGCAACAAUUGCAACUGUUGCAGUUGCAGCAGCAACAGGAACGGCAACAGCAACAGCAACAGCAGCCGCAGCCACAACCGCAUCAGCUUGUGGCCGAGGAUCCUGCAGCAGCCGCGUUUGAGGAGCACCAACGUUUAGUGCAGCAACAAUUGGGAAGCAAUACGCCAUUGCGAAUCUUCGUCCCGGACGAAGAUCCGUCUACUGAAACGCGACUCCAGAAACGCUCUGACAAUUUUAAGAAGGGCACUGUGGAGGAUGCUUUAGUAAGCGCAAGUAGCAAGACACCGGACCAAAAGGAUUCUUUCGAAGUUACGUCGUCCGUGGAAGUUUCCGGGGAUCACUCUGAAAAGGCCAGUAAAUAG